AUGCCUCCAAGACAUUUCCAGUCGUUGCAACGACGCGGCGAGAACUAUGGACGCACUAUCUCCAUCAUCUUUGGCGUCAUCGCCGCCCUGGUUAUCCUGGUCUCUAUCAUAUGGGGGAUCAUCCUGCCAAAAUUCCGGAAGAACAAAACCAAUCGAUACUCAGGUGGACUGACGCCUCGGGUCUACAGCAGGAACAGCCCUCACUUUCCAAGCCAUCCUGCCCUUUUACGUGGCACUCGCCAGAAGCCCACCAAUACUCUGCGACACUACGACCCCAGAAUUGAGACUCCUUUCCAAGACGGUCCUACUCCUCUGAGUACCUUCAACCACGGGUCUGCUGCUUUGUCUCAGAAUCACAUUGCGCUCACCGUCGGCUCUACCAACAGUAGCGAUGGCCUCUUCACGCCAACAAGACAUUACCUGCCAUUGCAACGUGGUCUCCAGAGCCGUCACGAUCCAGACUUACAGUUCAAGAGAACAAACGUUGUACACGCCACUCACAACUACGUUCCGCGAAUGGGGCUCAAUGGCUUAGAAGAAUACAUCUUACCUGUUCCCGAACCACUGGUUCUCCGACCUCGACCGGCAGGACGACCACCACCACUGACGAGACAAUUGGAGAGAUUUCCCAUGCCGAUACCUAGACUAAGUCGAAAAGGCGGCCUCAUGCACCCAGGAAAGGUCUUUUCAGAGCUAGAUCAUUGUGACUCUCUCUCCGCUGCAAGAGAUACUCUGAAUACUCCAUGUCCAAAGUCUGGCAGCAGCAGUCGCCUCAACGGAAAGGAAUUGUCGUUCUUGGAAGUUACACACAGUCACCCUCCUUCUCAAGAUCACCAGGACGCUGCUACAGUUGCCGGGGACCUGAAACCGCGGCUCACGGAGACGACAUCCAUCCGCCACGACACGAAUGGACGAGCACUGGCCAUGGAGAAAGGGCUGGUCACUGCAAGCACAAACCCAGAGGACUCACAGAGCUUGAAACGAGCCGGCACAGUAACAAGACCAAAGACGCCGGUCUCAGAGAUACGUCAAUGGUUCGAUCGGACUGCCAGUGACAGUAAAAUUGGAAAUUCGUCGUUCAAGAGAGGCUGGACACCUUCCUCAAACCCAUUCACGACUCCUGGGCCUUCCUCGACGCCUCGCACGUCACCAGUGCUAUCAACGAAAACACCAUCUCCAAUUCUAUUGCCACCAUUAGAGAUGACAGAUAUGGACACUGUUAUCGAUGCUCCAAGUGCUGGGCCUCGCAGUCGCAGACGAACUCCAAGCUCUGCAGCUCUGCCGUCUCCGACCAAGAUUGCUCCACUCAAACCUGUCGAGUCUGCAAAGACAGCCAGCCGACUAAGCAAGAAAUUGUGUUCCACGAAUGUUUUUGCCCGACGCACAAAAGCAGCACGUCCUCUCAAUCUGGUGUCAUGGUCCAGGGUUCAGUACAGACAACGACAUUCCCUAUCCUCCAUGUCGACGGUCUUCAAACCAAUGCUCGGCGGUACACAGAGCAAGCAAAGCUACUGUGCAAGCAGCGUCUACAGUCGCGACACAAGAGGCAUGAGUUCACUUGGCAGCCCAGGUCUAGACGGAGUAUUCAACGACGCGGGCUAUCCCAUUGGGACUGCCUAUAGCACCGAGGUGCCCUCCGACCGGCAGAAAGGUACUUCUCGACGAAAGGCAAAGGCCGGAUCGAUCGACAUCUUGAGGUCCAAAAUCGACGAGUGGGAUCUGCAUACAGGAGACUUGGACGCAUUAACCUUCACGUCUCCACCUCCCCUGCUCAAGCGAACGUAUUCCGACUGCGGACCUCGACGAUCCAAUGCAUUUGACACCCGUCGCCCGUUUGUGUCCAGCGAAGACCUCCAGGAGAAGCCAUGUGGGUUGUCCCCUGAUGCGAAGCCAAAGAUCCGUGUUGAACAUUGGGACGGCGAUGUGUGGGGUGAUGGCCUUGCAUCAAUUCGUGAUUCCAUUCUUGAAUCAGCAGCGCAGCCCGGAUUCAGCCACCAGCCAGCUCUUGGUCAACUACAAGAUGUGCCACCACCACCAGGGUCUGCCCCAGGUGGUGUUGAUUGGAUUUGA